AUAAUAAUAAAGCGGGGGGGGGAAGCCACAAACCCUCCCUGUAUGUGCUGAAGGCCGUGACAAAGCAAGAUUUGAGAGGAGGCUGCUCCUGCUCUUGGCAAACAGCGGGGCUGCUUUCCCAGAGCUGCAAGGGAGACUGAGGGUCAAGUCCCUUUAAAAAAAAAAAAGUGAAAUACAGUAUUGUGCAUCUUGAAAUCUGAGACCAAGAAACAGAAGUGCGAGGGAAACAAGGGGGAAAGUCUCGCAGUUCCUGCGGACAACUGUUGCCAGUGGAGUUUUAAGGAAUACAACACAGAUCCAAACCUUCCGCAGGUCACUGGAUGGCUUUUGUGGAGGGACCUGGGAAAUAAAGGAGCCUCGGAAGAAGAGAUUUCUUUUUCUCCUCCUCUCUGGAUAUAAUGGCCAUUGCAAAGCAAAGCAUCUGGAGGUUUGGCUUCCAGUGUGCCUUCCUGGCGGCUUUCACCCUCACCUGCGAUGGGCACGGCGGGAGGAGAGAGCACGGAGGUCCUGCCUGCUACGGGGGCUUCGAUUUGUAUUUCAUCCUGGACAAGUCAGGCAGUGUCCUGCACCACUGGAACGAGAUCUAUCACUUCGUGGAGCACCUGGCCCGAAAGUUCAUCAGCCCCCAGCUGAGGAUGUCCUUCAUUGUGUUUUCAACCAGAGGGACAAUUCUAAUGAGGUUAACAGAGGACAGGGAGCAGAUCCGCCAGGGCCUGGAGGAGCUGCAGAAGGUGCUGCCAGGAGGGGACACGUACAUGCACGAAGGAUUUGAGAGGGCAAGUGAGCAGAUUUACCACGAGAAUGUCCACGGUUACAGAACUGCCAGUGUCAUCAUUGCAUUGACAGAUGGGGAGCUCCACGAGGAUCUGUUUUUCUACUCUGAGAGGGAGGCCAACCGCUCCAGGGACCUGGGGGCCACCGUGUACUGCGUGGGGGUGAAGGACUUCAACGAGACCCAGCUGGCCAGGAUUGCUGACAGCAGAGAUCACGUCUUCCCUGUCACCGACGGCUUCGAGGCCCUGCAGGGCAUCAUCGACUCUAUUCUGAAGAAGUCCUGCAUAGAGAUCCUGGCAGCAGAGCCCUCCAGUAUCUGUGCAGGGGAGUCCUUCCAGGUGGUGGUCAGGGGGAACGGCUUCCGACACGCCCGCAGCGUGGACAGGGUGCUCUGCAGCUUCAGGAUCAACGACACGCUCACCCUCAAUGAGAAGCCUUUCGUGGUGGAGGACACCUACCUGCUGUGCCCAGCACCUGUGCUCAGGGAAGUUGGCAUGGAAGCAGCUCUCCAAGUGAGCAUGAACGACGGGCUGAGCUUCAUCUCCAGCUCUGUGAUCAUCUCCAGCACGCACUGUUCUGAUGGGACCAUCCUGGCCAUCGCCUUGCUGAUCCUCUUCCUGCUGCUGGCCUUGGCUCUGCUCUGGUGGUUCUGGCCCCUCUGCUGCACCGUGAUCAUCAAGGAGCCUCCCCCUCCUCCUGCUGAGGACAGCGAGGAGGAGGAUGAUGAUGGGCUGCCGAAGAAGAAGUGGCCGACAGUGGAUGCCUCUUACUACGGAGGGCGAGGAGUGGGCGGCAUCAAACGGAUGGAGGUGCGCUGGGGGGAGAAGGGCUCCACGGAGGAAGGUGCCAAGCUGGAGAAGGCCAAGAAUGCCCGGGUGAAGAUGCCCGAGCAGGAGUACGAGUUCCCCGAGCCCAGGAGCCUGGGCAGCAGCUCCCGCCGGCCCUCGUCCCCCCGCAGGUGGUACUCCCCCAUCAAGGGCAAGCUGGACGCGCUCUGGGUGCUGCUGAGGAAGGGCUACGACCGCGUGUCCGUGAUGCGUCCCCAGCCCGGAGACAAGGGCCGCUGCAUCAACUUCACGCGGGUGAAGAACACGGAGACCCCCCCCAAGUACCCCCUGAACAACUCCUACCCCUCCGCCCCCCCCCCAGCGCCCAUCUACACCCCCCCGCCCCCCGCCCCCAUCUACACCCCCCCUCCCCCCAGCUCCCCCCACGCCCCCUCCCCCUCCUCCACGCUGCCCCCGCUGCCCCCCCCGCCCCAGGCCCCCCCCCCCGCCCGGGCGCCCCCCCCGUCCCGGCCCCACCCCCCCCGCCCCACGGCCUGA